AAAAACAGUGGUUUUUCCAAAGCCACGAAAUAUAGAUUAUUCGACAAGCAUCCUUAUCACCAGUUAUUGUUUUUUUUUUCCUAAAUUCUGGCAGACACCUGACAUUGCCGAACGCUCUCUACCCGUAGGAGUAAAUGGACCGCCAAUCGUUGAAAGCUCUACGCUGUCCUUCUCGGAUAUCGCUCUAUGCGCGACCAUCUGUCCGUGAUGUGCUCGGCCAGUGCUAGUAUGGAAAGUCCCAUUGUUACCAACACGCCAAUUAUUCACGCUAUGUGCAUGAAAUGUUUCGGUUUUUAUCCUGCAUCCUGGUGCUGCACAACGUUGAUGUCGCUUACAUUGCGACAAACUUUCACUUGUGAUUGUAACUGAAUUACGCUUUAUUUUCUUCAAAUAUUUUCCAAUAAAUUUCG